AGCAAGUAUAUUUUAUUUAGCACGGGCUCCAUAAUUGGCAUUAUCGCUAUAAGUAAGUUUCAUUUUCUCAGUAUCUUCAGGUUCAACCAUCAGGCUUCAUCUGGCCCAUCUCAGCCCUCACUUGGCCCAUCCCGCCAUGUCUUCCAUCUUGGUCAUUGGUGCCGGCGAACUGGGCACCGAAGUCUUAAAGAGCCUCGCCGCCCACCCAUCCAGCAAAAAUACACAAAUCAACGUCCUUCUGCGCCCCUCCACUAUCAACUCCACCGACCCAAGCAAAGCCGCCGAUGUCGCCGCCAUCCAAGCCCUGGGAAUCACCCUAGUUCCAGGCGACAUCGUUCAAUCCUCGCCCGCCGAGCUAGCCCAACUUUUUGCCCCCUGUCACACCGUCAUCUCCUGCACUGGCUUCAUCGCCGGACCAGGCACGCAGAUGAAGAUAGCCCAGGCCGCUCUGGAGGGAGGCGUGAAGCGCUUCUUCCCAUGGCAAUUCGGCGUCGACUAUGACGUCCUUGGCCGUGGCUCGGCUCAGGAUCUGUUCGAUGAGCAGCUGGAUGUGAGGGAUUUGCUGCGCGGACAGAGCGCUACGGAAUGGGUUAUCGUUAGCACGGGGAUGUUUACCAAUUUCCUCUUUGAGCCGAGCAUUGGGGCUGUUGUGCUCAAUGCCGAGGAUCGAGGGGGGACGGUUGUUAGGUGUUUGGGGAGUUGGGAGAAUAAGGUUACUGUCACGACGGCGCAGGAUAUCGGGAUUCUGACUGCGGACAUUGUGUUUGCAGAGCCGAGGAUUGCGAAUAAAGUCGUCUAUACGGCAGGGGAGACGAUUAGCUACGGCCGGCUUGCAAAUGUGGUUGAGAACAUUGUGGGGAACCCAGUGAAGAGGGAAGAGUGGACUGUUGAGUUUAUGGAAGGAGAGUUGCAGAAGGACCCGGGGAAUGUGCUGUGGAAAUAUAGGGUUGUGUUUGGAAAGGGGAAGGGCAUGAGUUGGAAUGAGGGGCAGACGUUUAAUAUGCAGAAGGGCAUCCAGACAUCCGAUGUUGAGGAGUGGGCGAGGGAUAUGGUGAAUAAGAAACUCUGGAAGUAGAACCAUAAUGUUUUCGAACGAAUUUAUAGAAUCUCUCGAUAUAGGCCCCGUCACAAUGUUUUCUGGCCGAGACAUCGAAUCUGGCCAAGGCCC